AUGUAUCAAACCGUGUAUGUAGUAUAUAUAGAUCAUUUAACAGAGUAUAGUGUUCACUAAAUUACUGUAAUUUUGCAAUUGGAGAUAGUCUAAGAGAUUACAUUUAGGUAAAAUGUUUAACAAUCAGUGUGUGGUCCUAAAAAAAUCUUAUUUUCUUUCAAUAAAGAAAACGGAGCAAUUCUGAUGAUCAAAAUGGACAUUCGCCAAAGUGAGCUGUCAGUCAUAAUUGAUCCCACCUAUUUGCUAUGAGUAAUAUUUGUCGAUCGACAACAGUAUCUUAGCCGCUGUAUAACAUAAUACAAGAGAGAUAUAUAAUUAUUUGACCCAUAACGAGCAAGGAUGCUUCGCGAGGUUGUUAGCGAAAGCAUUAUCUCUAUGUAUUUGAACACGUGUUUCCAUUCUCUCUGAGAUUGGGAUAUUUGGAAGAUUAUUCUGUGCGACAUUAUGAUUUCUAGGAAUAAUGUUUUACUUUUAUUUGCACGGUUUCCAUGUGAUUAUGUACCACAAAGAACAAUCAAUUCUAAUGAACUACAAGCAUCAUCAGCGACCCUAUACAUGUUCUGUAUUUCCUGACUUACUAACAGGCUUUGUUCUUCUUACAGGAACAGGGCAAUAUCUGGAUAAAUAAUUCCGUUAGCUACACGUGUAUCUAAACCUACGUAGUUAACCACGCUACUGAUUGGAGACGUUGACACCUGCUGGGGAUACGGAAGCGACGUAAGUUAUCCAAUGCAAAUUACGGAACAUAAUUUAUACAAAACGAAAUAAAUUUUGACUUCUAAUCAUGUGAUAGGAAGGAUAUUUAUUCCUUGUGGCUGUAAAAUUUAAGCAGAGUUUGGAUGUCCUACCAUGGCUAAAUGGUCUGUACUAUUCCAUCAAACUAUCGUUGUUGUGCAAAUUAUAUGGAUAGUCCGACCUGUCACGUCUGAAAAGUUUUUCCAAUACAGGGACCAUAGAGACCAAAACUAUUAUCUGAAACAAGCCAAUGAAAAUAAAAAUGAAGUUCAAGAUGAAGUACAAGCAGAGAUGCAGCUUGAAAAAUAUGGAUACCUGCGGUGCAAAGUAGGUCGACGCAAACGGCGGUCGGUGGAUACACCGACACACAAUAGUUUUAAUGUUUUUGAGGGAAAUGGGAGAAGUUGUAGUGAGGACGAAAUUAAAACUGCAAUCAAAGAAUAUCAAAAGAAAUAUAAAUUACCUGAAACAGGUGUAGUAGAUGAAGAAACAAGAAAGUUCAUGAGCACUUCAAGGUGCGGGAACUCGGAUAGUGCCGACAACCCUGACAUUGAACCAGUAGAUAUUACUGAUAUGGUUCCAAUUGAAGUUAUUAAUCCUCCUCCAAGUAAAAAACGGUGGAAAAGAACAGCCAAAAAUACAGUAUUAUAUAAAUUAUUAUUUCCUCAAUUAACUGAUAAUAGUGUCAAGAUAUCUGGUAAAAGAAGAACUAAAUUCCUUUUAAAUCAUAUUCAAAAAAUUAAAAAUGAAGAUCCAAUAUGGCUGCGACCAAAGAGACACAAAAGAUUUGUUAACAUUCAUAUCAAUGAAACGGGACUGAAUGGUGAAAAAAUUAGAGACGGUCAAAAAUUCACAAAAACGGAUAUUCGAUGGCGAUUAUUAGAGAAUGGUUUCAGCACAAGAAUACCUUUAGAAGAUCAAAGAGCAAGUCUUAAUAUGGCAUUCCGUAUGUGGAGUGAGGUAAUUCCUCUCAACUUCGAAGAAGAUGUAUCUGGUGAUAUAAAAGCCGUAGAUAUAGAAAUAGCAUUUGGAAGAGGAUCACAUCAAAAUUGUGAAAGGAAGUUUGAUGGUAAUGGCGGUGAGAUUGCCCAUUCUAGAGAAAACGGUAGGGACGUUGUACAUUUUGAUGAUGAAGAGGAUUAUAAAUCUAUAGAAUCCAUUACAAAAGAAAAAGACGGGAUUUAUUUAUUACGUGUAGCUGUUCAUGAAAUAGGACAUGUGUUGGGACUAUCUCAUUCUAGCCAGAUCACAUCUAUCAUGUAUGCUAUUUAUCAUCAGAGUAAUGUUAAUCCAGAUAAAGAAUUCGAGCUGACCUGGGAUGAUAGGAAAGCAGUACAGAAAGCUUAUGGAGUAUGUAGAGGAAAAUUCAAUACGAUAUUCGACUGGGUAAGGAAAACGCCUAGUAAUGGACUAAUAUACAAUACCUACUUCUUCAGAAGUAACCAAUAUUGGAUGUAUGAAAACCACGCCAAUCGUACAAGAUAUGGCGAUCCGUUAUACGUUGCCCAGGAAUGGAAAGGUGUGCCAGAUAAUGUAGACGGUUACCUUCAUGUAUGGUACUUUGCUGGAACUCGAAUUAUUGACGAUACAUACUUCCUCAAAGGUGAAAAUUACUUCCUUUAUAACAGUGAAGAAGAUAAAGUUUAUGAUGGUGGUACUGGAAAGAUCAGUGAAAAAUUUGGACCAAAGAAAGGUCAAGAUUUAGGCGUUCCGGACAAUUUAGAUACAGCUUACUUCGAUAAGCGAGAUAAAAAUAUAUAUUUCUUCAAAGGGGAUACUGUUUAUGUUUACGAUCCAACUGAUGAGGAAGAUGAAACAAAAGGUUGCUGCUUACGAAUUAGAAAAAUUUGGGAAGAGUUCCCUCCACUUGAUGGAGAACGUCAAAUUGAAGGCGAUUUAGACGCUGUAUAUUACUCUUAUAAUGACACAACUGUUUACUUUUUUAAAGGAGAAGACGUUUGGAAAAAUGAAUUAUUUCAUCCAAGGCAAAAGCAAAUUAAAAACGGUGUAAAAUAUGUGGGAAACUGGUUUGCACAUUGGUACGAUAUUUGUGACGUACGACCAACAUUUAGUAAUUUUGAAAUCCCAUCAAAUAGUCAUGUGUGAUUAUUUAUUUUUUUUCAAUGUCAAGGUCAUUCCAGAAGAAGACAUGUUGUAUUUCUAUCAACUUUUUACUUUUCAGUGGGGAAGACAUGGCUUGCUUGUAAUACAAGUUGCUUCUCUGUGAUUAUGUAAUAAGAGGUGACAUGUAACACAGUUUGUAAAGGUAUACAAAGAAAACACUUGAUUGAUGAGUGUUAGUAUGUGUGUGUGCUCCAUCGAUUACAGGAGAAACUUUUCAAUUAACACAAGAGUAAUAUUGGACCAACAGUCAAUAGUGUCCUGAAGAUACUGAAACAUUCCCUUCAUUGAUUUAUCCGUAUAUAUGUCUAUAUUACAAACUGCUUUUGUGAUUACUGUGAAGACGUUUCAUGCGAUUAAACUGUGAUAACCUUUAUAUAUAUAUAAUGUGAAAUAUUUAUAAGCAUUUUUGUCAUUUUCGUAACAUUCUAUGAUUGUUGUAUUCUAAUAUAUAUAUAUGUGUAGUCCAAUGUUGCCAUAUCAUGCAGUGGAAUGAUACGUGAGGUUGUUUGACUAGGGAACACAUGUUACUCAAUAAUUUAGGUAUCUUUAAGCCCUCGGUUGGUUUCCUUGUACAAGCUUUUUGUUUGGAUUGGAACUCGAAAUGUAUCGAAUUUUUCGUGUUUUCAUUAUUACUUUCCAAAUAAUGAAUGUAAAUAUUAAUAACAAUGAAUUAAAAUUGUAUUUUUGUCGGAAAUCUUAUUAAUGGAUUGAUUGAUAUCUGUGUAACGCCAUGUUUCAAAAAUCACAUACAAGUUCAGAACGAUAGCAUUUUAAUGCGAAAUAAAAUAGAAACCUGCUUUUACAUUAUUUGACUGCGUUUGGGUUAGGGUUUCACUUACAAUGUAGAAUAGUUUCUAUUCUUCUGGUACCAAGAUAAUUAAUGAAAAUUCAAAUAAAAUCAAGAUGAUGUGCAAACUCUAAACGACUUUAAAAUAUACAAAUCUAGAAAGAAAAAAAUAAACCGUGAAUUAAAGUGUUUCCUUUUGUAAUUAUUCUUUUCGCAUACUGGAGCAGCUUUUGUACUAAAUGAUCAAAAUAAACUGAUUUGACAGUAGACUAUGUAAUGGAUGCCGAUAGGCGAAAAACACUCUACUGCUGGUACCUCGAUAUAUAUAUUUGGCAAAGAAUUACACAUGUAAUUUUAUCAAUUGUUCUGGUGUAGAUAAAUGUAUGUUAUUUUUUAUUGACAAGUGAAAACUGCUGUGUAAAUAAUUUGUUCAGUGUCAUUUUAGUUAAAGCACUAAGAUUAUAUCAUCCUUUCUUUUACAAUGGCGAACAAAUGGUUGUUUGCGCUCUCUGAGUCCACAUAAAGUUGGUUCAACUAAAGAGGCAACUUUUACCCAUGUGAAUAAAAGGUAAAAUAAAUAUAAUAAUUAAAAAUUAUAUGAAAGUUAACAUAUGUAAAGUUAGAUUUAUUUCUAUUAGGUUGAAAUGUUCUGGGUCAUUUACAAAGAGGUAACUUGAUUUUUAACCUGGCUUGUUAUUCAAAAUAACUCAUCACAUGUUUUUGUCAGUUUAACUUUAACACCAAUUAAAUACACAAAACUAUCGAAACAAGAGUGUUAGAAAGAUGAAUCAAAGUCCCAUGGGGAAAUGCACUAACAAGGCAAGUGGAAGGACAAACAAAAGGACGCAUGCCAGCAGUUUGUAAGUUCUGACUUUUGGCAACACGAAUUCUUUUCUAGACUGGAAGUGUUCUAAAAUCAUGUACUGAAUAACGUGAACCUCCACAUAAAUACAGCUUCUGCGGUUGAUGCUUGUGAUCGCAGAGUUCCAUAAGAACAAAAUAAAAUGUAUGUCUACUCUGGGUUUCACUGACCACUUCGCGAGUUUAAGUGUAAUUAAAAAUACGAUUAUCACUCUUUAGGCAAAGUUGAACAAGAGUUAAUAUUAAGUAUAUGCAAAUUAGAAAUUAUUUCCCUUUACUGAAAAUAGCACUGAGUAUAUUGUGUUUAUUCGGUUGUUGAUAUUUAAUUUGAUGAUGUACACAUUUUAGAUCAUUGUUUGUAGACUGUAGAAGUAACUUUAGUUCCCGUCCGCUGUAAAUAUUCACUAAUUUACCAAACUGUGCAAUAUCUCAUGGUUACAGCUUCCAUUUUUGUAAUUAUCGUCAUCUUCACAACAGUGAUUAGAUUGCUAUUAAUGCGUCAUAAUUUUAAAAGAAAUAUAUUAUUAUAUUCUAACCAUUUUAUGUGGAACAUUUUUAUAGUUACCUGAACUCGUAAUUUAGAUCAUAUCCCCCCCCCCUAAACUAAUUGAUAGUCGUUUAACACUGUUGUGACGUUGAUGAUAUGUUAUCAUUCGUUAUGUUUUGAGAUUAUAUUUUUCGUACUUUGUAUAAUAAUUGUGUUUUAUUUAUAUCAUUUGUUACGUAAAGAUCAAAAUAUUUGUAUUUAUUUUAAACAGAUAGUCGAAUGCGUAAAUUUUGUCUCGGUGUUAAGUGACUUUUUUAAAUGUCAAUGUAAUGCAUCUGUGAGAUGACGACUUUCUCAUUGGUUCGACUUACAGUUUUUAUUGCAAACAUUUUUCUUGUAAUCAAUAAUUUCAAUGUUUUAAUGCUAAGAUUAAAGAAAAAGGGAAGACAUCAUAUAGCCUCUAAUGAAAAAGAAUAAACAAACAAUCCACUCAGAGAAACAUUUAUUUAAGUAGUAAAUUUAAUUGAACAGUAGGAAGGGGACAUAACUCUUAUAUGUCAACAGAUCAUUUACAGUAUUAGGAUAUUAAAGCAUUUUAUUGAUGCAGAUCACAGUGCUAAAAUAGAAAGAUUAUGUGUUUAUAUUCCAGUUGAAUUGAUUUGUUAUAUUUUUCUAACUAUGAUAACUUUCUCUCGUUUAACAGGAAAUCUUACAAUAAGAUACGAACAUCAAAACAGAAACUUUUUCGAAAUAUCACAUUUAUGCUAAUGACAUUCAAUUGUAUCUCUAAUGACUGCUCAUUUGGGCAUGUAUUCCUUAGGAGUCUGUCAGUAGUCAACUAAAUACAUAACACAGCCACCAGAGUUGUAGACAAACUAGUUGAUUGAUAGACAAUGUAUACUUAAGAGUCACUACCUGGUUUUGAUUUAAAAAAAAGUUGCACUUUAAAAAUCUUUGAUAGUAUAAUUGUCCUUUCCUUUAUUUUAAGUAUGGUGUGCUAGUAGAAAACACUUUGUGUAAUAGGGUGUAUAUUUAGUCUUAAUGGGCGUAAAAUCAUGCUGAAAAGGUCCCUUUUAUCCACUUCUGAACACAAAAAACUGGUUCGACACACUAGUAUAUAUUGCUUUCUUUUGGCGUAAAUUUUAAACCUCAUCUACAAACUUAUGAAAUUCCGCCAUUGCUUAGUUCGUAUUUUCUGAAGCAGACGACACUGAGAAUUGGGUUUUCACCUAGUAAACCUAUCCAGUUUCGCUAAAGUGUAUUGCACUGAAAACAUCAAUUGUUUUCUACAUAAUCAUUUUGAUACAGCAUUAAAAUAAUUGCUUUUGAGAAGACACGCUGGUCUUAAGCCAAUAUUACUUUGUAGACUAUUAAAAUUUAUUAUGAACAAAAACUGUUCUUCAGACAUUUGUUUGCUUUGUUGAUUUUGUAAAGUGUAUAUUGUCAUAGGAAUGUAGAAAAAAAAUCGAACUUUUUAAGAUUUCAAAGUACAAAAGUAAAAGUUUAUAACAUUAAAAGUGUACCUUGGACAAAACUUUGCCUGCCAAAAUAUUUUUUUUAACCUUAUACUAAAAUGUUUGCCUUAAUCGUAUGUCUUAAGAUAUUUCAGCAAAGCACAAAACAAAUUAUGGAUUUCAAAUUUCAAAUCUGCUAUUUCCUUACCUAUUCAUCUCUAGUUUAUGCACGUUGAAUCUUCAUUCACGACACUUGAAUCAGAGUUUUAAGAUUCGAAUUAAAUCGUAAAAUUCAAGCCAAAUCGUGGUUAGCUAUAGUUUACUAUUUUUAUUGUUUAAGACUGGAAGUUUGUUAGUUGAAUUUAUUUGCAUUUUACAUCUACUACGUUACGUGUUUCUCUUAAUAAAUUAAGAUUUUAUUGGUAUAACAACAGGUUUUUAUUUUUGUGAAUACUUUUGGUAACUUUUGUAAAACAUCAUUAUUUUCGACUGUAUGUAAGCUAAAAUUUGGCGUUUGACAAACAAGUAUUGAAAGCGGUAUGCCAGCUGCAAUUUUAUAUUUUAUGGUAAUCUCUUACUUGUAUUCUAGCUUCAUCGAUAAUACUGUGUCAGUACGAGAUCUAUUGUAAAUCAUAAAUGAAACUAGUUCUGAAAAUGUUAAUAUCGUUUUAAAAAAAAAUUAUCCGUAAUCUGUAUUUUGCAAGGAAACCAGACUGUUAUUAUAUUCGCCGUUUCAGAAUCUAAAGGAUUAUGGAAAAUUUCAUUGUUCGUACCCCCAAAGUGAAAUUAGCGUCACGUCAUUGGUUGAAUUUCCAUUGUUAAUGACGUAGUUUAGUCUAUCACUAUGUUUCGAUGUACGCUUUGGAAAUAAUACUCGAAAUGCAAUAGAUUCUGACAGGCGAAUUAUAACAGGGUUGGAAAAUUGUUCAGCUAAUAUUUCAUUUUUAAGGAAAACAAACCUUAUGAUAUGUACAGACAAUUACACCAAUGGACGUGUACAGACAAUACACCAAUUGACGUGUCAAGUCUUUUAAGGCAGAAUUGUAUCAAAUGGCAUGCCUAAAAAGAAGAGCUUGUAUCUAAAGAUGCAGCUUUGUUAUCUUGUUAAUACAAUAAAAUUUAGUAAAAACUUAA